AUGCAGUCGCCUCCCGCCCGGCUGGAGCCCGAGGGAGAAGGCGGAUGGGGUGAUGGUCGAAGAAAGAUGGUGUUUUCCCCUCGGGCCCAGUCCGUGGUGAUCAUAAAACGCUUCAGAGAACCAAAGCAUGAAAGACGUCCCUGGAGGAUAUGGUUUUUAGAUACUUCCAAGCAAGCCAUAGGGAUGUUGUUCAUCCACUUCGCAAAUGUCUAUUUAUCAGAUCUUACAGAAGAAGAUCCCUGUUCACUGUACCUUAUCAACUUCUUGUUAGAUGCCACACUAGGAAUGCUGUUAAUCUACAUCGGUAUCCGUGCAGUCAGCAGCAUUGUGGAAUGGCAGCAGUGGGAGUCCCUUCGCUUUGGUGAAUACGGUGACCCAGUGCAGUGCAGUGCUUGGGUGGGCCAGUGUGCUCUGUACAUAAUGAUUAUGACAUUUGAGAAAACCAUCAUCAUUAUAGUGCUUCUUAUACCUCAGUGGAAAGAGGUAGCUUUAUUGAAUCCUAUAGAGAACCCCCAGUUGGAGCUGGCUAUCGUCAUGCUGAUAGUUCCCUUCUUUGUUAAUGCAUUAAUGUUCUGGGUAGUAGAUAAUUUUCUUAUGAAGAAAGGGAAGACAAAAGCUAAGCUUGAAGAAAAGGAAGCAGGACAAGAUUCAAGAAAUGGAAGUAAAGUCCGAUACAGGAGAGCAGCAUCGCAUGAAGAGUCAGAGUCAGAAAUCCUUAUUUCAGCAGAUGAUGAGAUGGAGGAAUCAGAUGCUGAAGAGGACCUGCGUAGACUGACCAACUUAAAGCCCAUUAAGAAAAAGAAGCAUCGUUUUGGUCUGCCUGUAUGA